CGCCUGCUAAACGAUCAGUCAGCCUUCCUCUCUGGCCGUUGUUUUGCUCCCUGUUCUCCUCUCCUCUGGUAUUGAUCCUCGUCCCAAUCGUCACAUCCUUCGCUCCGCUCCGAUCGUCUUGGGGUUCUCCUUCUCGAACCCCUCUCCUGCCCUCUCCUGCACUUCCCCUUCCUUCAUCCCUGCCUCUUCUCUUGCCGCCCUUCCCCGUCGCAUGAGGAAGCGAUGCCUCUGAAUAUCCUCGUUCCAAGUGCUUAUUACCUUCAAUGGCGGAGUUCGACAGGGGUACGCAAGUGCUCGUUCAAGCUCGAUUACAAUCAGAAGACAUUUAUGCGAAAGCAGAAGAAAGUCAUGGUUGAAACCAAGUGGCAGGUGGACGGCAAGGAAAAGGCAUCCAGCUGCUAUGCGAACAUACUGUCUGCUCGGCUAAAGAAGCUGAAAUGCAAGGAGGAAUCGUCAUGACGGAUGACAGAGCGCUAUUACAAUUUUUCACCGGUGAAUCAGUUUUAAUCAAUAGAGAAUUGCAUACAAAUCUUUACAUCUCCUACCC